AUGGCGAAGAACAAGGCUAAAAGAGCAUUACAAGUGCCGCAGAACGACAGAAGCGUCAAGAAAACCAAACUCGCCUCUAUCACCACCCCACCACCGGACGGCUCGUCAACCCCGAAGACUCUGAAUGACCUGGGACUGACACAAGAUGACCUCGAAAUCAGUGUUGAUACACUCAAUGUACUUGCAGAUAAUGCUAGUAUCAUCAAGCUGAAAGACUGCAAGGAUUUACGUACUGCUGUGUUCAAUUUUCGCAAGGCUUGUACGACUGGACAAAAUGCCACAGGUGGGUCCUUGUGCUCUCCACAUCCUCUUCCAGUAAGCCAUACUGACCGUGACUCCCAAGUCGACGCGAACUUGACAUCACGUAUCAGUGGAGCGUUAGCAGACAAAGAUUACACUGAAGCUCGAAUUCUGCUAGCAGAAAUGCGGAUUCGAAAUCAAACCCCGAAACUGGGGGCUUUGUCUCGGUGGGUCCGAGAUCUGGAUGUCGUGAGUGGAGUGAACGAGCAGAUGAAUGAGACUGUGGACGUGUUGAGAAAUAUCGAGAGAGAUCAUUCAUUCGAGGUCCUCGAUGCUGUUCUACGAGUCACGGGUCCCGUCGACUACACAAUCGAGCAAGACCUCAUUGUGGAGCGACCGAUAGUACUGAGAAAGGAGUGGAAUAUGAGGGGCACCAGAAUAAGGCAGCCAACAUAUGUCAGAGUUCUUGAUCGCAGCAUCUUCCCUACCACCAUCAAAGAUACAACAUCUCAAUUCCGCAUUAUUGACACCACGCCCGGUCUUCAGCGAAAGCCAGCCAAUCUCCAUCCUGCAAUCCUAUACACCUGCGAGAAUGACACAAUAUCCCUCUCGAGCACACCACCUCUAACAACACAUCACCGACACUCGAUCGUCCCAAAUUUACACCUCUUGAAAGACGUUCUCACCGCCGAAGAAUGCACCCACAUCAUCAGCGCGGCAGAAGUGAUCGGCUUUACACCUGACGCACCUAUCCGAGCACCAGGCGAGGAGAGCAGUAUCCUAGCGCACAAUUUCUACUGGAUCGCCGACCCAUCGUUCUGCAGCAAGCUGUGGAAGCGAGUCGAACGAUUCGUCCCGUCCGAGGUUCACGGAAAGACUGUUCGUGGCCUGAACAGACGCUUCAGAGUCUACCGAUACGUCCCGGGAGCCGAAUACCGCGCUCAUAUCGAUGGUGCCUGGCCGCCGUCAUCAAUUGAUCCCACCACCGACAAAUAUAUCUAUGACUCAUCCCCUCCAGAGGCGAAACAGUCCUCGCUCUUCACGUUCCUCAUUUAUCUGAAUGACGAAUUCGAGGCUGGACAGACGACGUUCUUCUUGCCCAGUGCGAGGGAGGGGAGCAUGAAUGCGUAUCCUGUCAAGCCUAUUCAGGGCAGUGUACUCCUAUUCCCUCAUGGAGAGACCGAGGGCAGUCUUCUUCAUGAGGGCACAGGUGUACAGCUGGAGUCAAUGCCCUCGGCGAAGUACGUUAUACGCACCGAUGUGCUGUAUGACGUUGCCUCAAGUUCGUCGUGA